CACUCUGACCCACACUCCAGCCGGGUAGGUGGCGGUAAUGCACCUUUUUAACGUUAGGUGCCACCCUCCAUUAAACAACAAAAAGAAGAAGAAGAAAGCGCGAUGUUCAAAUCUGUUUCCGGUUUCAUUCGGUGCGCCAAACAUGGAGCCGUCUCAUAACAGUGUGGUGAGGACUCCCCUCAACAGUGUCAUUGUUCAGAGGAGGAGCAAAACCAAGAGCUACCGGCAGUCGUACCGCAGCUGCUUAGGUGCCGCCUCACGGCUCGGCCUGACUCCAGCGCUAACCGCACGGAGGCUCAACACCAGCAGAAGAGCUCCAAAGUCCCAUAAUAUCAGCGAGAAGGUGAAUCCAGAGCAUCUGGCCUUGCUGUUGAAAACGGAGUGGAAGCUGUCAUACGUCAGUCCUCUGUACAAGUUCAGGCACACCCAGCUGAAGAGCUACUCCAGGCAGCUGUCUGCGUAUAUUGCUGCGGAGAAGCAGCAGGGCUUGGCGGUGGAAGUGGAGGGACUGCAGAGCGGUUUCAGGGUCGCUCUCUCUGUGGUGCAGGGGUUGACGGAGACGGACGAUGACGCUGAGACCGUCCUCAUACAGAUCCAUGCAAACCCUUUGUUCGCCAGACAGGACGAACCCCAGAGGUCGGUGUGGAGCGGCUGGCUGACCUGCAUCAACGGCAACACGGAUUACCUGCACUCCCUUCCCAAAGACUUCACCUGUCUGCCGCUCUUCGGCUGCAGCGGCUCCGAGUAUCUCAGCGGUUUGGUCAAAUCCUGGUUCCAGCAAACAUUUGACUGCUGCUUCGGGCCCCUGGAAAUAAACCACACCAGUUUGCAGUGGCUGGUGGCUCUAUGGACUAACUGCCACACGGAAUCCAGCAUUCAGCACCUCAAAAUGAUCUGGACUCUCCCCGUUGUGCCACCGGUGCAGAUCACCUACACGGUUAACCCCCAAGAUGCCUGGGAGCUGUGGUGCAGUGUGAGGACGGGUCAGCAGAAGGAGAACGAGGAAGAGGAGGGGGGGAGUAGUAUUGAUAUUAAGGAGGUGAUGAGGCUCAUGCAGGGGCUGAAGGGACAUUUCUUCAGACACUUCAGGCUGGAUCUGUCGGCAGGAAGUUUGAGGCAGGUCACGACAGCCCUGGGCUCAGCCAAGUGUAACGGCAGGAUCAAGAUCUCCAACAGCAGGUACAUGAUCACCACCCUGACUCUACUGACAGAGUGUGCCCUCCUCAAAAUGCCCAUCUGAGCAAUAAAGACUUUAACAGGAACUGCAAUGUUGCAAAAGCAGCAUUCAUUUGAGAGACAGCUUCUCCCAGGACCGGACACGCUGCUUUUAUAUUACAAUCCCUUCGUUUUUUGUUAUUUUUUAACAACCAUGCUAAACUUUUUUUAAUAAAAUAACUUUUUUUUCCACGACAUAGAGCGGAAAUGCAUUUUUUCACCAUUUUAAAAUCUUGGAGAAAUUCCUUUCACCCAGACUACAAUUUAAACGCAUGUAAUCUUGUGGUUGUAAUUACUGUUACUAUUAUGUUUUUAGGAAAAAGUUCUUAUGUUCCAGCUUCUUAACCCUGUUGUCUACUUUGUCUGUUAAGCAAAAAUGCUUAGGUUCCACCCUUUCUUGUAAAUACUAUAUUUGACAUAUUUGUUAACUUUAUCUUGUCAUUCUUAAUUGUUAAUAAAAGCUAAAAAUGUUAAAGCGUUUGGGCAUAAUG